AUGGCUCAGUGCAAACAGACCCCGCAGGAGUUUAUUCAGAGCGCAUUCUGCCCACAGGUUGCAGUUCUGUGUGGCAACGACGCUGAAUCGUUGUGUCAGAAAAACAACUUGUCCUUCGUGGAGCUGAUUCAACCGUUCUGUCGAUUGACAACUGAAGCUCAUGUGAGGGACCCUAAUAAUGUCCCACAUACCAUACGCAACCUCAAGAUAAUGGUGAGAGAUAUGAACAGUCAGCCACCACAGCUGGCUGUCUCUCGAAAGAUGAUAAAUGACGCUGUGUCAAAUGCCUACCCUCAAAAUGCUGAGCCCCUGGGAAGAGGAAAUGUUGUUGUGGUGGGAGAUUAUGACCUUCAACUUAGUACCUCCACACCAUGGUUUGAAGCGUUUCGGGAAUGUUUCUUACAGUUGAUGCUGCCAUCUGAUCAUGAAUUUCUGAACCACUGCCUGGCCUGUAUGAUAGUGGUGUCAUCGGGUCACUCUGACCCUCUCAGCCAAUUUCAGGCCCUGUCUCAACAACAGCACCAACAACAACAUCAGGCCUCAGGCAAAUUGCCAAAGUGGUUCUGUCCAAAUAUCCUCAAGUAUUAUGUUCUCAUUCACGAUGUUGUGGAGUCAGAACAAGCCAAGGCUGAAGCUAUUUAUCAGAGUAUGAAGUCGACCUUCGGAGCAAAUGUGUGUCAUCUACUGCAGAUCAACUCUCGAUCCAUGCAGACUGCUGAAACGAUGAAGAAUGACCCCACAAACAUCCCUGACCCAUGGAGCCAGUUCCUUCCCAAACCUGUGGAAAGUGAUUCCUCAGAAUAUGAUGCCAGCACUGCAGUUUUCCCAGAUGACUCAGCAUUUCCAUCAAGGCUGGUAGAGGGCGCCACCAAUGGAGAGAAUUCCAUCAUGCAGCAGUCUAUAGAAGAUGCCACAGAGGUUACAGAAGAUUCUGCAGCAUCUUCCUCGGGACAAGAGGUGAUUGACCACCCAUUGGCUCUAAACAAUAUCAUGUCCACCAGUGGAAGGUCAGCUUCUGAAGAACCUCUCUCCCCAUUGGCUACUGGGGACCUGAUUUCAGCAAGUGGCGGUUCAGGGCAGAACCAAUACAAUAAAAAAGUGAGCGACAAAUCCAAGACACUGGCCCAUGGAGCCUGUCUGACAAUCAGUGAUCAUGACAGGCUGCGCAUAUUUAUGCACGAAUUCACUGUGAGAUCUUUGAUUCCUUGGGCAGAGAGGACAAUGAGGAUACUUAAUGAUCAGUUGACAUCGAGGAAGGGGAUUCACAGGUCAAUCUUCAGUGUGAGGAAGUGGCUGGGAGGCACCAAGCCUACAGGAGGAGCGACAACCAAUCAGAAUACCACAGUUGUCUACACAGUGGAGGCCCCUGAGCUACAGAUGAGGAGGCUAGGAGACUUGGCCUUCCUCUUCCAGAUGUACGAGUUUUCCUACCAGACGUACCACACAGCCAAACGAGACUUCAACAAUGACCACGCCUGGCUACAUUAUGCUGGGGCUCUGGAGAUGGCAUGCCUGGCGAUCUUCAUGCAGGGCAUGUUCAGUCAGAAGCAGUAUCCUCAUCACUACAUGGAGUCAGCCAUAACAACAUACCUCACCUCCUGCAAGAACCCAACGCUGGCCACACGUGCUACUCUGGUGAGCUCUGAGUGCCUGAAGAGUCGCGGCAUGUACUGUGAAGCAGCCAUGCAAUUUAUCAAGAUGACCAGCGAGGACUCUGACUUGAGGAGUGCCCUCCUGUUAGAACAAGCAGCCCACUGUUUUAUGAACAUGAAGCCGCCCAUGGUGAGGAAGUAUGCAUUCCACAUGAUUCUUGCUGGUCACAGGUUCAGCAAGUCAGGCCAGAGAAAGCAUGCCCUCAGGUCGUACUCCCAGGCAUUACAAGUGUACAAGGGAAAGAACUGGUGCCUGGCUGAGGAUCACAUCAACUUCACUCUGGGCCGGCAGCUGUUCAACCUGAAACAGUUAGAGAAUGCAGUGGCUGCCUUCAAGCACUUGUUGUCCCCGGACAGCAAGCAGACUGGGCCUCAGCAGAGUGCUUUUCUAAGGGAAUAUCUAUUUGUGUACAAGCAAUUACUGAGUCAGAACCUGGGUGAGAACAGUUUGUUUACCUGUCCUUUACCUGAGCUACCCUUACCUGUAGUAGAUAGCAACUUUACUAAAGUCCUUGUUUGUCGACCACCUGCUGUCAAAUAUGGUAACAAAGCUCCAGCGAGUAGCGUGUAUUUUGACUAUGAUGCUAGUGAUACUUCCCAGUGGAUGGAGCUUGAGGAGGCAGCUGUGACAGCUGCUAAUCAGGGCUCACUUCCCAUCACAUUCAGACCUACUACCCAGUGUUUUACCCAGAAAACAGACAACAAAUACAGCCCUAUUGGAUAUGUAGGAGAGCCCAUCACAAUAGAAAUCCAUCUUCAGAAUCCACUCAAGAUAACUCUGGUGCUCAGUGAUAUCCUGUUGCUAUGGAGUUUUGCACCUUCAAUGUCAGGAGAGUUCUUUGGUCAGGAUAAACCACAGGUUAUCACCAAUGAAAUAGAGUGUGUCAAGAACAAAAUUUCUGACGAGAUCAUCACCACACAAGUCAUUCCAGAGGUUAUCUUACAGGGCAAUGAAUACAAAUCUAUCCACCUGUCCUUGACCCCCCAGCAGACUGGGGAACUAAGGGUGGUAGCCCUAGCAUAUAACCUGGGCACCAGCUCCCAGGGGCCCAAUGUCUCAGUCCCUGGAGUGGAACCCCUCAAUGCCAAGCCCAGCUUUAUCAGUGGGGUGUCUGUAAGAGGUAAGCAGAGGUUAGAGGUGCAAGGCCCGCGGCUGAACGCCAGCAAGGAGGAGAAGACAAGCAAGGUGUACGGGCCUGAUAGGAGGCUGGACCUUGUCAUACAGCCCAGGAUGCCACAUCUUCAGGUUCACUUCUGUGAUUUCCCAGAGACUCUACUCUGUGGGGAGGUACGACAGACAUCAUUAGAGGUGUCCAACUGUGGAUCUUGUUCCAUGCACAAACUUUCUGUUGCCUGUAGCAACCCUGAAUUCUUUACCUUCGGCCAGCAUUCCAAGUGUGAGUUGCAGGACAGUAGAACUGUGUAUGAGUAUGUCAAUAGAUCCAGCGAGGUUUCAAACAAUUCAGCUGGCUGUGCCGUCAUGGAACAGAACUGUGUGGGCAGAGUAUCAGACAUACCUUUGCCAAAUGGAACUCUUCUUCCAGGGAGUACCAUUGUGCUGCCCAUGUGGAUACGAGGGGCGUCAGUAGGCGGAGUACAUGAGGUGGACUUCCUGUUUUACUAUGAGCCAGUAGAGAGUUCAGCAAAAACAAGGCAUAGAAUUUUGCGCCACACUGCUGUCCUCUAUACUUCCGAGUCAUUGAGUGUCCAAGCAAUGGCGCAGCGGGCCAAUGCGCAUCUGCGAGAGCCGUCAGCUGACCAAUCAAAUGUCUGCCUCAUAUCAUGUGCGCUGGAGAAUCUGGCCACGUAUGCCCCUCUAGGUGAAUUACAAAUAUGUCAGGUGACUUGUGCCAGCUCCUCCUGGAUGGUACAACAUCUUAGUACAACACAUCAGACAGAUAUUAGCGUGAAAAACAAAGAAACGGUGCACCUUUGUUUACGAGGAGUUAGAUGUAGCCCAGCAGAGGAAGAUGAGCUAAAGUGGAAUCCUGUGAUCUUCAGUAAUGUGACAUUUGGUCAGGAUGAGAUAAACAGUUCGGCCACACCCUGUUCUGACUUCUACUUCCGCUUAUUCCCACCGGAUAGGGGGAACAGUGUACUGCAGACCAGUUCUGCUGUGUCGUACUAUACCCCUCAGAGCAGCGAGCUGUUCAGAGAGCUUGACACUGCUAUCAAGGUCGAUCUGACUCUCAUCAUCCUGUGGAAGGCCAUCCUGUCUAGUCCGGAGGGUGGGGUACAGUCACUUGUUGGGCAGCACCAUGUGAUGGUAGACAAAAUCAACAACCCAGUAACCUCUUACCCAUUACAGAAGACCACACCAGAAUUGCCCCCUGUCAAGCUGAUCCGGGAUGUGGAGCCACCCCCAACCCCCAAACCCAGCUCUGAAGUCACCACCCAGCUUACUCACUACAGCUUUGACCAUACUGCACAGAUACAGCAUGACUUCAGUAAGACCAGGCUGUGUUUUGUACCAGUUACGAUGAUUGUCCAGAACUGUUCAGGUGUAGCGGUUAAUGUUCUGAUAGAUACAACCAAGGCGAGAGAAAGAUUACAGACAGAGGCGGGUUCACCGAUGACCAGCAGCCCCUUCUAUCACUUACCUGGUAUUAACAGUAACUACUUCUCCUGGGCCGGUGGAACGGUCAAAGAGAAGAGGUUAGAACCAAGGGAGACAACUGAGCUCAGACUCUCUGCCUGUUUUCCCAAGCCAGGUAUAUUCAAUGUGAAUCAGCUAGCUGUGUUCGUCAGCUACAAAGAGGACUUUUCCGAGAUGAUUUUACAGAAACACUCGGCACCCAGUGUUGUUACAAUAGUCAACUCUCCACAAAGAUAAUGAUGAUCGUCUUUGGUUCAUUCCAGUGGCAUGUGUGCAAGUGUUCAUCCCUAACUCUCCAGCUGGAUCUUCUUUAGUAGGCUUAAAUUUUGUAUGGUGAUGCUUGCUGGAUGGUUAUGAUGAAACUGCUUUGCUGUGGUUGGAAUUUUCUGUUUUGAAAACAUGCUGUAUAAAGAAAUUCAGAUGGAACUUAUUUGCAUAAUGUGCAAGAACCAGUCUUGAAGACUGUUACAAGGCAUUUUUAUUGCAUGUACAUUUUGUAUUUAAGUCAGCUAAAAGCAAUUUUUAGCACACUGAAGAGUUUUUUGUUUGGGCAAUGCAUAAACUUCAAUGAGUUUAGUCCAAGUAAUUAAUAAUGGCUGUGCAGUUACAAGUAUGUAUCUGGAUGGUUUUGCCCAGGGCUCAUGUGCAAAUCUGUGCAACUAAACUGUUCAAGGUUACUAGCAGAAAGAAACUGUCUUGAAAAACUUGUAUGUCCAAUAAAGAUGAGUUCAAGUAUGCAUGGAUUAAGUACAUAAAGACUAUAUAUACUUGUAUAUGACUAUAAAGAUAACAUAGAAUAAAGAAAUAAAGCUGGUAUGUUGAUAGUCUCUGUUUAUUCCAUUAAAGAUCAUUAUAAUCCUUUCAUUAUCAUUAUAAUUUUACUAAAAAUGGUUAAGUCCACAUUUCUUAAAUCCAGGUUUCUUAAAUUCUAUUUCUGCACAUGUUUCACACCAUGUUAUGUGAAUGGCUGACAUGUUUAGAACAAGGUCAUUUAUCAUUCCAGCAAUGGUCAUCAAACUCCUGUUUUCGUAUUAAUGUCCCUGAUAAAAAUUUGAAAUUGUUAGGAAGAUUGUAUAUAGUAUAUGGUAUCUGUGUGCUAUGUAUUAUGUGAUUAAGGUGGGAUAAGAGCAGCUAAUCAUAUUGGACUGCGCUAGUGAUCCUCAAAGCUCUUUUCUUAAGACUUGGAUUUAUUUCUGUGGUUUAUUUUAUGUUUUUUUCCCCACCAUUUUGGAUGCACAUCCUGCACUCCAUUCAAAUCUGUAUUUAUAUAAAUAUCAUAAUACUUUUUUUUUUUUGCCAUACAUUUCUAAAAUUCAGAAAGAGUGAAAAUGGGUUGGACAACAUGCAGAUAUAUUACAUGAAUUCCUGCUUUUGGCUUUUGUUGAAUCAGAAUAAAGAAUAUGAAUUUGAAUGUUGGUUGAAUUGGCCAGUUUUAUGUAUAAUUUUAUCACAGAAUAAUGCCUUCAGAAUAUGCUUGAAUAAACACCUUGCAGACUUGUGAAAAGGUGGAGGAAUUACGGUACUAGCCUUUGCCAGAAACAAGAAAUUUCUUUCAUGACAAAAAAGAGUGCAAUCAACUAUUCAGAAUUUAGUAGGAUUCUUUCCAGUUGACACCUCAAUACCUUGCAGGUUUCAGUUUUGCAUAACAUACAUGUGAAUCUUGAUGGUGUCUAAUUAGAAAUUUGCGUUCAACAAUGUUUCCAUACAUUUCACUGGUCAUGUCACAUGUAAAAUGUGUCUGUGUGUCAAUUCCUUCCUCAGAUGCCUCAGUCUUAUCGAUAAACCAUUUUAUCUAAUUAAAAGUAAUGAAGAUGAUGGGAUUAGUCCUCAGAUUUAUUGUUUGAUGAUAAUUAGAUAAUCCUGUUUUUAUUGAAGCCUUCAGAUCACACAAUUUUUUCCUAGGACAUUUAGAUCAGAUAAAUAUGACACUCAAAGUUGAGGGUUUAUUGUCGUGUAACCAAAAUACACC